AGCUGCACCCGCAAGAACAAGACUUGGAGUGUCCAGCAUGUGGUGCUGGCCCUUUCGUGCGUCUGGGAGGACUCAUGGCCCAUUUUGAGGGUAAAUGUCACCGAGUUGACCCCGCCGUCCUCGAGGAGAUGCGUGAGCGAAAACUUGAGUUUCCCAAGAAGCUCGAGGCUCUCACCGAGCAGACGGUCAAGGCCAACUACACGAAAUACAUGCCGUCCGCGAGUACCUGUGGUUCUACUGUUGCCUGGGAGACUUCUAGCAACCCCGAGCCUUUCUUGUUGAAAAAGAAUGAAUUCCCCGGCCUCUCGAAAAAUCAACUGCCGAUUAGCUGGGACACAAAGAAGAAGUUGUUCCCCGACGCCCCUCAAGCUCAGCAGCCAACCAAGGAGCAGCUAGAUGGGGCGACGGCUCCGAGUGCGAGAAUGAUGUUUGAGGCUUUGGACCCUGAUCACCCAGACCAUCCAGCCUUCAAUUCGGCCCGAUACUACUCAACACUGACUGAGAAGUUCCUCUGUCCUCGAGUUGGCUGCCUGAAAACUUUCAAGAAAGCCGGUGGCCUGAUAGGACAUCUUAUGUCUCCCGCCCAUUCCAGCACAAAGUAUCGAUGCCCUUACUGCCUCAGAACAUUUUCGUCUUUGACGGCAGUGACGCAGCACGCUGAGUCGAGUGCAGUUCGAUGCCGAAUUCGAGACACGGACACUUAUAAUGCCUACCUGGACCAGCUCACUUCCGGUAUUGUGGACGUUUCCCUUGGGCGCAACCAGGAUGGAACUCUGAAGUACAAGACGACGGAUGUGGCGCGAGAGACCUUUAGACCUGGGAGCACAAAGACGGUCAGCACGGCCAGCGUGCUUGGAGAGAAGCUUGAUGAUAGGGAUCCGUGGAAGGGAAAGGAUGUUCAUUGGUAAAUUUGGCAAUUCAGAGGGUGAAUUUAGCCAUGAUGAUGGCGAGCCGAAGGUCAAGACAGGGGCAUGUUAUGACGAUGAAGUCGGUUGCGAUUACGCAGUUGCCGAGGUUGAGACGUAUCGCCGAAACCAUAUGGAGAGACAAAGGAAGUAGCAAUUGAUAAUGAUAGCCCCAUCUAAAAGUGAUUUCCUAUCGUGGUUAUGAAAUUGUGAAGAUCCCCCUUGUUUCCGCGUCCGCC